GCGAUGCUUUAUUUUAGAUUGGUAAUGCCUGCAUACGUCAUCAUUGCUCGUCUUUACACGCGAUAAGCCCUCUUGUGUGUGUACAUGCCAGUUUGAGCAAAUUUGAGGUUAGUGUUAAACAUGGCACCUGUAAGACAAAAUGUAAAAACUAAAGGACCAAUGAAGGGAAAACACUUCAAAAAUAAUUUUGCACACGGUGGUCCAUCACACGACGUCAAAAGAAAAAGAAAAUGGGUUCCGGAGAACAAAGUUUUUGAUGGUAGUUUAAAAGAGGGUCAGGGAUUUGCCUUAAGAAGGAAGGAGAAAAUAAAACAUGAAUACAACAAACUUCUUCGAAUACAGAGAAAGAAGACGCAACUGUCAAAAGUGCAUUUACAGGAGGAAUAUCCUGAGCAUCUGAAACAUCUCUACCUGGCUGAAAAAGAAAAGCUAGAGGAAGAAGAGCAGGAGAAAAAGAGUAAAAGAUGCAAAGGAAGAGCAGUGGAUGAAGAUGAGGAGGCAGAGGAAGAACUCACCGAGCCAUUUGAUUCUUCUUACACUAAGAAACAUGUCUCAAACACAACGGCCAACAUCUCUUCUUCAAACCAAUCUAAUGCUCAUGUUUCUUCUAAUGAACCAGACAUGACAGCACAGCCUGAGAGCUUCCACAAGGCCCCACUCAUCCAAAGGAAACAGAAAAACUUGUCAUCUUAUCAGAAGACAAAGCAAGAUUAUGAGAGGAUAAAGGAGGAGCGUGCACGAAAAAGAGAGGAAUUUUUGAAAGACAAAGCUCAGAGGGAGGAGGCUUUGAAAAAAUACAAGGAAAAGAAAAUGGCAACAUAUCAGUUAUUGAAAAGAAAAACCAAGAAGGGUCAGCCCAACCUCAACCUGCAGAUGGAACUGUUGCUGCAAAAGAUUCAAGCUCAGCGCAAAUAAUUUGGUAGCAAACCGUACAAUUAGACUCAAAAUUGUUUUAAAUGAUGCAUGUAACAUUUCAAAUAGUUUAAUUCAGGUUUUAAAAAGCUGUGCAGUUUUGAUGGAUGUGUAGCUACAAGGAUCUUUGCAUACCUAUUUGUCUAAAAUGGUGGCUCUAUUGAAUAUUAUUAUGCUCUACACUUUUUUUCAAUUCAAGUUGAAAGUUUACAGAAAGUUUUUUUUUUUUAGAAAACCUUAUGAUUGAAUCAAAUCUUGUGUUUGUUUGUUUAUUAGGUGUUAUAGCACUGAUAUUAAUAUCAAAAAAAUAUUAGUCAUAUACUGGUCAAAAAUUGUUUCCAAAUUCAUAUUCUUGUAAUUGCAUCAAGAUUUAAACUAAGUCCAUUUAAAUAAGCAAAAUAACUCUUUAAUUAUAUAGUUAUAUAAAAAGUUUAUAAUAACCUACCUAUGACGUUUCUCACAUGUUCAUUGAUAUUCUUCACAUCAUCACACACUUCCUGAACUCCCUCUGAUGUACAUAUAAAAGCAAAUGACAAACAAAAUUUAUUUUAUUUGCAAUUCAACUUGUAAGAUAUCUUUGAUAUAAGACAUUUAUGAUAAAGCCAUGAUGAGUUCAUUAAUGGUAUAAAUACAUUUUCAACAAUCAUUAAAAACAGAUGAGAUAAAAUAAAAGGUGAUAAAAAAUGAAGUCUGCAACUCACCCAUUACACUUUGCCACUUCUGUCUAAUAGCAAUGACAUCAUAAUUCUCUGGUGUGUAAACUACAUAUAAAUUAAGAUAUCAUUUUUUUUUUGAAGAUUGCAUUUUUAUGUAAUGAGCAUCACAUUAAAGAUAUUAUAUCAAGGUAAUAAAGAGAGAAUUUUUUUUAAAUCCAAGUUCUGUCCUGUGGUGAUGACAUAUAAAAAUGUCAUGACAUGCAUUCGCACUCAAAAAAUUGUAAACUGAAGAUUUUUUUAUUAUUAUUUUUUUACAGCCAUCAUAUCUUUAAAUACUUAAUCCUACCAUAUUAUAUA